ACAAGUUCACAACAAAUGUAUAGUACAACUUUGUUCCAAAUAAAACUAACAAAAGGAAAAAAUCAUAUAAAUGGUGGUGUUCUAUUGCCAAUUGGCAAUGCCAUUGGACAACGAUUGACCAUUUCAACUCAAGGGGUGUUUAGUUUCCCAUAAAAUGCAAAAUACAAAAUAUCAACUAUUUUGGAAUGAUGGAAUAAAAAAUGUCAAUUUUUUUAAGGUUAUGUUUCGUUCCAUCCAAAAUACAGAAUUUAUUGUCCUCAUGAGAGCCUCUCGAAGCUCUUUUUGAUUUUUUUUUUUUUUGGCCUCUUUGAGGCCAAAAUCUAAAAUGGAGAAUAACCACCUUUUUACUAAAAAUUUUGCAUGACGUUUAGUUCUAUUAUGCAAAAUGAUAAACUAAAACCCAAUUUUUUUGAAAUAAAAGAGGAACUAAACACCCCCUCAUUUGGAUGCAAAUGCCUGUCUCAAACGUAAGCAACAUAUUACAAAUGGCCGUAUAUAUGCAUGCAUAUAUAUACACACAAUAGUGCAUACGCAUAUAGACACACGAUCUUGGUCAAACUUUGCAAACAAAGCUGCAAGUAAGAUGGAGGCCAGCGGCGAGGUUUACAAGGCCAACAAGGAGCACUUUGUCCUCGUGCACGGCGCCGGCCACGGCGCCUGGUGCUGGUUCAAGCUCGCGUGCCUGCUCCGGGGCUCCGGCCACCGCGUCUCCUGCAUCGACCACGCCGGGACCGCCGGCAGCCUCGUCGACCCGGACGACGUCCGGUCGUUCGACAAGUACGACGCGCCGCUCAUGGACUUCAUGGCCGCCUUGCCGGAUGGGCACAAGGUAAUUUUGGUAGGGCAUAGCGCAGGAGGACUGAGCGUCACCCAUGCGAUGCAUUUGUUCAGAGACAAGAUCAAGCAAGCCAUCUUCAUAGCAGCAACCAUGCUUCCGUUUGGGUACCAAACAGAGCAAGAUAUAAAAGAUGGGGCACCUGAUUUAUCCGAGUUUGGUGAUGUGUUCGACCUGAGAUUCGGUCUGGGAGAUGGCUGCCCUCCAACGAGUGUGGCGCUGAGAGAGGAGCACCAGCGCAUAAUCCUGUAUCAGCAAUGCUCCCAUGAGGACUCCACACUUGCAUCCAUUCUGCUGCGCCCAUGGCCAGCCGCUCUGAGCACUGCAAGGUUCGGCCAUGUCGAUGACGGCGCCGAGAGUGCAGUGAAUGCAGUGCCUCGGGUGUACAUAAAGACAACCAAUGACCACAUGGUGAAGCAGGAGCAGCAGGAGGCCAUGAUCCGACGAUGGCCGCCGAGAGAGGUGGUGGCGAUGGACACUGACCACAGCCCUUUCUUCUCUGCGCCGGAGCGUCUCUUGGAGCUGAUCCUCAAGUCAUUGUAAUCUGUAAAUGCUGGUGUAGCGUUACUAGCGUACUCAUAGCCCCAUCCCCAUCGGAGGCUCCACCUGUUCUGUUCUUUCAGGGGUGCUAUAUUUAUGCAGUAUGGCAAUCAAGUUAUUGUUUACUAUCGAUAAAUGGCUGUCAGCCCACCACCAUAAGACAUAUAUUCUGAAAUGCAAAUUUGAUGAAUGUGUGCAUGUACCGUGGUGAAAGCGAGUCAUGAUAAGUGCAUGUAAGACCG